GAUGAAAAUGUCUGACUGAGUGACCUUGUUGUGACCUUGUCUCUCCCUUAAAUGAUAUGUGUAUAUUAUGAACGAGGGGUUCUCUCCUGUACUGUUCCUGUUUCUGACUGUGUCUCUCUCUGUCUUACAGACGUGUCUGGAGUUGGAGCGGUACCUGCAGACGGAGCCCAAGCGUCUAUCAGAGCUGUUUGACGAGGAGCUCGACUGCCUCCUGACGCCUGCCUUCAUGGAGGGUGCUGACAGUGACCUGUUGGAUCCCCUGGACCCACUCCUCCCCAGCCCCCCUCCCCUCCUCGUCUCCCUCCCCAAGGUCCUACAUGCCCCACUCCUCCCCAGCCCCCCUCCCCUCCUCGUCUCCCUCCCCAAGGUCCUACAUGCCCCACACCUCCACAACACCAAGGCCUCUGAAAAACAGUCUGGAGCAAAGAUCACCAAGGAGGGGGUCAACGGGGUCAACGCUGCCCAGCUGAGUGCCGUCACCUCCCUCACGCCGCCCUCCUCGCCGGAGCUGGGCCGCCACCUGGUCAAGCCCACGCAGACUCUCACCGCUACAGCCGACGGCACGCUCACGCUCAAACUGGUGGCCAAGAAGGUUGGUCUGAACGCAGCCAAGCUGGUGGCCAUGCACGCCACACUACCCUCGCCGCCCAGCAGGGGGGCGCACAGUGACAGCGAGCAGGGGUCUGGGUCGCUGGGGGGAGAUAUCCCUGAGAACAAGAAGAGAGUCCAUCGCUGCCAGUUCAACGGCUGCAGGAAGGUUUACACCAAGAGUUCCCAUCUGAAGGCCCACCAGAGAACACACACAGGUGAGAAGCCGUACAAGUGCUCCUGGGAGGGCUGUGAGUGGCGUUUCGCCCGCAGCGAUGAGUUGACAAGGCACUAUCGCAAACACACCGGGGCCAAACCAUUCAAGUGUAACCACUGUGACAGGUGUUUCUCCAGGUCCGAUCACUUGGCGCUGCACAUGAAGAGGCACAUCUAAGAGAGAGGGAGGAGGAGAGCGGGGAAGAAGAGCGAGAGAAGGGAGUUAGGAGAGAAGAAGAAGUAGGCAGGAGGGAAGACGAACCACACACCAGCUCCAGCUCUCACCAUCCCGAGGCUGCCCCUGCAACCUGAGACCUGACACUAGAAGCAUAGCAUGGGGGGUGACACGCUGGACGGAUGUAGGCCACGACCCAGGAUGGACCCAUGGUCAGCGAGGACAGAUGGAGUGAUGGAGGGAAAGAGGAGGAGGAGCUUGUUGUUGUUUUUUAAUUCACACUUCGUGAUUCACACAUCUCUCUUGUAUUGCAUCCUCUGAUUAGCCUUGGUCUGAUCCAAGCCUGGUAACUCAGACACUGCCAAACCAAUACGCUGAUCCAGUUACGACCCAUUUACACUCUACUGUUUAUUUUGUGUACAUUUAAACUAUAGAGCGUCUUGGGAAAGGAGAUGGUUCACCCAGAAUAAACUGCUAAACUUUGACACGCCAAUCGUCAGUGACUUGCAGAAGCAACGAUGGGCAUCCCAACCCAACAGCAACUAUUGUCCAUUUUAUUCUGCUUUUUCCCAAUCCUAUCACAAUGUUUUAGGGGUGUCUCUACCCUCACCAAGCCGUGUGAAAUAACAACAAUGCCAGAAUAGCGAGAAGAGAGAGACCAAUGGAACUAGUGGCCAAUCCGUCAGUGUCGCCCCCUGUCUGUGGGAGGAGGGUCUGACACUUCAGAGAGUGAGCUCUGUGACCCUGAUGCGGACUUCUCAGGCUCUCCUGUAGGAGGCGCUCUGCUCUUCUCUCUCACCUUCACUCCUGCCGCCUCACAGGCAACAUCUAACAAAUGCGCAGCGACACUUUCUUGCCUUUGUUUUUUAAAGACAAUUAAUUAUUAUUAUUAAGAAUAAAGGUCUGUUUUCUCUGAAAUGUCUUAAAAAUUCACUGAAGGAAAAAAACUAAAACAGUUUAUGUACAAACGAAGAACAAUGUGCUCAUUCAAGGGAGGAACAACGAAUGAACUUACCCCGACCCGUAUGCACAGGCUAAACUCAGUAGCCGCUAUCUAGCACUGAUAGCUAAGAAGAUGGAAAAACUAAAAAGAAAUCACAUGAACGCUGAAAGAAAAAGGAUUUGUAUUGUUGGCCUGAUAUUAAAGGAAAGGCAGUCUGUUUUCCACUCUGUGUUUUUCUCCAACUGAAAACAAACCUUGGCGGGACCUUCGAGGCUUCAUCACCAAGCCAGGACCAGAACAGAACAGAAAAUGUUUGCUUUGUUUGUGUGGAUUGUGGAACUCCACCAUCUCCCAUAGGAAAUCUCCUCCAGUAUGGAGGGGCCUGGGAGGCUGGUCUGCUGUGACCACAUCCCCUAUUUGGGAGACUAGGGACCUGAUAGGCUACUGGACAUGAAUCUGGGUAUUAGAAAGGACAACAUGGCCUCAUCAUCCCAGAGGGACUUGCCUGUUUCGUAUCCAUUGUCCGCACUGACUUUUUCAAUGUUAUCUGUGCUUUUUUUCAUACAGUACAACAACAAAAAACUGAAAAAAUAAUACAAAUAAAAAACACUCAAAAAAAUACUACACAAAAACCCGAUUCCGUCUCUCUCACACCGUACAGGCACGUAGACACACCAACACACAGAGCAGUUUGCUCAUGGCUCCACUUUGAGAUAAGGAAAAUAUAGGAUUGAGUUAAUGAACAGACUUGGAAAGCAAAACACUGCAUGGCAGCUUCUCACACUCGGAUCGCUUCCCGGAAUCAUUUGUUCUGCUCCAAAUUUUUCACAGUAGGAUUUUUAGCAAUUGUUGUUUUGUAGAUGAAGAUCUGAUUCCGCUGGAGGUAACGGCUUUGAAGUGAGAAAACGAGCUCAUUCUCAUGUUCAAACAAUCUCAGUCUCUGUAUGUUAACAAUCAGCUUCAACAGCAUGGGACCAGAUUCCUCUGCCCCAGGUCUAUGAAGUCUUACAUAGCCUUGCAAUCAGGGCAUUAAUACCAAUACCACUGUCACUAUUACUGUACCCACGAACUUCCCCUCUCACAUAAACCCUGGCCUCCUCACGUCAGUUGUAAUGGCUGCUGUAUCCGAAUAGAUUACUGUCUCUAUAGUAAUGUGUAUGUUUCAGCCUUGCCAGACUCUCCUAGACGAUCCCAGAACUGCCCUCAUGGGGGCCGGUGGAGCUCAGAACAAUCGAUACCAAAAACCUCCAGCGCAGAACUGCCCUCGAGCCACGGGCCGGGUCUGGCAUAGAACACAGCGGCAUCUGGGAAGCCAACCGUCUCCAUACUAGGCCUCUUAGCACCACCGCGGCAGCUUUCUCUACAAACACAAAACAAGACCAGUCUCUCGACAACAAGACGAUGUAAAACAAGACCAGUCUCUCGACAACAAGACGAUGUAAAACAAGACAAGUCUCUCGACAACAAGACGAUGUAAAACAAGACAAGUCUCUCGACAACAAGACGAUGUAAAACAAGACAAGUCUCUCGACAACAAGACGAUGUAAAACAAGAGAUUGAGAUGAUCUUUGUGUUUUGAUUCCACUUUUUAGUUGGAACUUCUUCCUUGUUGUUUUGUUGUGGUUUUAACGCUACAAUUAUUAUUUUCGUUGCCAUGGUGGAUGAUGCAAGGUCAUGCCGAAAUGUAAGAAAUGCAGGGGUGCGGGUUUUGAACAACCCCCCCCCCUUCUAUGUACAAUCAUGUAGGGUUUGUUUGUGGCACUUUGUGCAGGAUAGGCGAUGGGAUGUCUGUGUGUGUCCCAAUGCAAGCUAUAACACGGCACAUCCGUUGGAAACAUUGUGAAUUUAAUUUGCGUUGUGAGAAAAAAUACUACCAGUAGACUGGUGGCCAAACUAACAGUGUGGGAGACUGGGAUUGUACUGUGUGUUGGUUGAUCCAUUCACUUUAACAGAGCUUUCAAUCUAUCUAGCAAUGGCUGACAAUAUUGCUUUUGUUUUGUUUUUGUUUCUGAAGUUUUAUUUUCUCUUCAAACCACUCAAAUCACGUUCAUUUGGGAUCACAGAGCAGAACAAUUAAAAAAACAACUAGUAAAAAUCAAACCAUACGUCAUGCACUUCAAUGGCCCCUCCAAUUGGUUCAGCAAAUGAAAACUCUUAAAACACUCUUAUGUUCUAUCAGAUGUUCACUUCUGGUUGGAGAAUUUUCUACAGCACCCGCUGCAGGACAGCCUGGAUACAGUAAACAGGAAAUGGAUACAGCAGUCAUGGUCAUUUAGCCCGUAACAGGCCUACAUGCUAAAAAGAUAGCAGCACACAGUUUAAAUAUAUCCAAAUUAGCCCAACGUUAGUCCCCUUGCGUACACACUGACAGAUCUCAAACCCCACUUCAAAUGAAAAGUCCUAUUCUAUUUCUGUCCUGUGGCAUUCCCACCAGAAGUAGCUAGCUAGCCCUCUUCCCCUUUCCCUCGCCUGUUAAAACACUGCUUGCUGCCAUGGAGAUGCUCCUAUGUAGUUUCCUGGGCGCUAGUAUCCCACAGCUCUGAUUAGCAUUAGCGCUGCAGGCUGCUCUGUGGAGGCUCCUCUAGUCUCUCCAGUCGCACUCCACUAAUGAGAAAGGCAUUUGGUCACAGGGAAACAGAGGUCUAGGGGGAAAAAACAUAAGGGACCACGAGCCAAAAUGGUUUCAUUUCUACGGUCCACAGUACUGUUACGAACCCAGUGGGCAAUCUGCCACAGAGAAAACAAGAGUACAUUAGCAGCAGCUUAUCGUAAAGCCAGAAAGUUAUUGAAGUUGAAGAGAUAUUUUUUUGACAAAGAGAAAAAUUGUUUAUCCCCGGGAUUAACCAAAUGAUAAUGAAAUUAGCCCUGCUUUUUAUCUCAUGGAUUAGCGAUUUGAAAUGAGAUUUUGAUGAAUCUCUCUCUCUCUCUCUCUCUCUCUCUCUCUCUCCCUCUCUCUCCCUCUCUCUCCCUCUCUCCCUCCCUCCCUCUCUCUCUCUCUCUACAACCCCACAGUAGUGAUCCAUGCACAAUCAACUGCAGGAACGCUGGAUACACACCUAUACGCUUCCACCCAAAGAUUUUAGUAAAUUGCUGUGAAUGAAAAUAGAGAGGGAGAGAGAAUUAAAUUGUUUUACUGUCCACUACAAUUCCACCAUUAUUGUCCCCCCUCCCCAACCCUGACCCAACUUCUUCCUGCAUUGCAAUCUUGUUUGAUGUUCAGUGUGGCUGAACUCAUUGUCCGUUCAUGGUUGUAAAAUAUGGUUGUGUAGUCUCUUUAGGGUGCCCAAUUCAAGGGCGACUUAACUAGCACCCUACCAAUUCUAAUGUAGACUUAGUUUCCCAUAGCUUAGUACAGUGGAGUGUAAUAUUUCAAACGGUCAUGUCUGAGGUGGAACACCAAGUCUAUGUUAGGUUAAACGUUUGGAAAACCAUCCCGAGAACGAUGGUGUCAUACACCUACCUAGCUUCAGCGUUCUCCAAACUUGAAGCCUCACACAUUCGGUCCCCAUGAGGUAGGGUGGUCGCUUUGGUGAGGCUUCUGGCAGCUUUGUAGAGACAUCUAGUAAUAGUUCUCCCACUCAGUGACUUCACAAAGGGUAACAACAAACUUAACGGGGGUUUUGUUCACUAGUAGGCAACAGUGCUUCAGCGUUUAAACACAUACCUCACACAAUCUUUUAAUGUUCCUGUUCUUGUAGAUUCCCAACCAUUGCACUACAUUGACUUACUGUGCACACUCCAUAGUGUACCUAUUGACUUACUGCUAGUUUAGUCUGUUGGAACACUCAUGACUUACUGUGCACACUCCAUAGUGUACCUAUUGACUUACUGCUAGUUUAGUCUGUUGGAACACUCAUGACUUACUGUGCACACUCCAUAGUGUACCUAUUGACUUACUGCUAGUUUAGUCUGUUGGAACACUCAUGACUUACUGUGCACACUCCAUAGUGUACCUAUUGACUUACUGCUAGUUUAGUCUGUUGGAACACUCAUGACUUACUGUGCACACUCCAUAGUGUACCUAUUGACUUACUGCUAGUUUAGUCUGUUGGAACACUCAUGACUUACUGUGCACACUCCAUAGUGUACCUAUUGACUUACUGCUAGUUUAGUCUGUUGGAACACUCAUGACUUACUGUGCACACUCCAUAGUGUACCUAUUGACUUACUGCUAGUUUAGUCUGUUGGAACACUCAUGACUUACUGUGCACACUCCAUAGUGUACCUAUUGACUUACUGCUAGUUUAGUCUGUUGGAACACUCAUGACUUACUGUGCACACUCCAUAGUGUACCUAUUGACUUACUGCUAGUUUAGUCUGUUGGAACACUCAUGACUUACUGUGCACACUCCAUAGUGUACCUAUUGACUUACUGCUAGUUUAGUCUGUUGGAACACUCAUGACUUACUGUGCACACUCCAUAGUGUACCUAUUGACUUACUGCUAGUUUAGUCUGUUGGAACACUCAUGACUUACUGUGCACACUCCAUAGUGUACCUAUUGACUUACUGCUAGUUUAGUCUGUUGGAACACUCAUGACUUACUGUGCACACUCCAUAGUGUACCUAUUGACUUACUGCUAGUUUAGUCUGUUGGAACACUCAUGACUUACUGUGCACACUCCAUAGUGUACCUAUUGACUUACUGCUAGUUUAGUCUGUUGGAACACUCAUGACUUACUGUGCACACUCCAUAGUGUACCUAUUGACUUACUGCUAGUUUAGUCUGUUGGAACACUCAAAUGUCAAAUAUCCACUUAACAUAUUGUGACACUUCCUGAUACACUUAACCACAAGAACCAAUUGGGAGGAGACCAAUUAGAUGGUUUCUUUUUAGAUAUUAGCCAAUCAAACUGAUGGGUAACUACUAUAUUAUGGACUCUCCGCUGUCAUCAAAUGGGCAAUAUCAACUGGGCAUGUUCAUUACUGUCUACUUUUUAAAGGAAGGCGACGUCCUACUUUCAACAGGUGACUACUUUCUUCCUGAACUCAUGGUUCUUGUGGGUGCACCUGCAUCAGGGAGUGAGUCUGUAUCUGCUGUGUUUGUCCAUAUUUAAUGUGUCAGUAUAUAAGGGAUUGACAAAUCUCCCACCCCCUGUGUCUUUCUUUAUCCCUCCACCUCAUCCCCACUUUCUCUUCAACCCCAAUCCUACUCCAUCCAACUCUGGGGCCCAGGCAUCAUACUCUGAACAGUACAUAGAUAGAGGAAUAGACCCUGUGGGACUUAGUCCCCCUGAGAUGUUUUGUCCCCUCAGACUUGCUAGUAUCUAGUGCAGAGUACUCUAGAGUUCUAUUGUAUUCCCAAUUCUAGAAUCUAGAGUUCUAUUGUAUUCCCAAUUCUAGAAUCUAGAGUUCUCUUCACCCUCUGUCAAGUGGAGAGUCGUGGUUAGAGAGACAGCACCAGGAUGUGCAACUCAGUCAAAGGGCCAGCAAUAGAAAUACAAUUACGAGAACGGACAUCCCUAUUCAAGUCAAGUCAUUCUAUUUCUAUGGGACCACCCACCCAGCCAACAACACACCUCAGUCUGAGAGCAGAGAUAAACCCCAAGGCUUUUCUCAGACUGUCAACAGUACAUCUGAGCCUCCACGUGGUAGUCUAGUCCCAGUCCAGCCUCUACACCUGGUCAGUCUGACAGUGGAACACCUUUCCUAUUGUCACCUCUCUGUCAUUCAUUCCUUCUGCAGGGGCCCCAUAAUGCCAACAACACAAUCACUUCUCCUUCCUACCAGACUCCUCCACUUCUCCAUCCAUCCCUCCCUCACUCCAUAAUGCCAACAACACCAUCACCUCUCCUUCCUACCAGACUCCUCCACCACUCCCUCCAUCCCUCUAUAACACCAACAACACCAUCACCUCUCCUUCCUACCAGACUCCUCCACCACUCCCUCCAUCCCUCCAUAAUGCCAACACCAUCACCUCUCCUUCCUACCAGACUCCUCCACCACUCCCUCCCUCACUCCAUAAUGCCAACAACACCAUCACCUCUCCUUCCUACCAGACUCCUCCACCACUACCUCCAUCCCUCUAUAACACCAACAACACCUUCACCUCUCCUUCCUACCAGACUCCUCCACCACUACCUCCAUCCCUCCGUCCAUCUGGGGCGGCAGUGUAGCCUAGUGGUUAGAGCAUUGGACUAGUAACCGAAAGGUUGCAAGUUCAAAUCCCCGAGCUGACAAGGUACAAAAUCUGUCAUUCUGCCCCUGAACAGGCAGAAUUUGUUCUUAACUGACUUGCCUGGUUAAAUAAAGGUAAAAAUAAAAACAACACCAUCACCUCUCCUUCCUACCAGACUCCUCCACCACUCCCUCCAUCCCUCCCUCCCUCACUCCAUAACAUCAACAACACCAUCACCUCCCCUUCCUACCAGACUCCUCCACCACUCCCUCCAUCCCUCCCUCACUCCAUAACGCCAACAACACCAUCACCUCCCCUUCCUACCAGACUCCUCCACCACUCCCUCCCUCACUCCAUAAUGCCAACAACACCAUCACCUCCCCUUCCUACCAGACUCCUCCACCACUCCCUCCCUCACUCCAUAAUGCCAACAACACCAUCACCUCCCCUUCCUACCAGACUCCUCCACCACUCCCUCCAUCCCUCCCUCACUCCAUAACGCCAACAACACCAUCACCUCCCCUUCCUACCAGACUCCUCCACUUCUCCAUCCAUCCCUCCCUCACUCCAUAAUGCCAACAACACCAUCACCUCUCCUUCCUACCAGACUCCUCCACCACUCCCUCCAUCCCCCUAUAACACCAACAACACCAUCACCUCUCCUUCCUACCAGACUCCUCCACCACUCCCUCCAUCCCUCUAUAACGCCAACAACACCAUCACCUCUCCUUCCUACCAGAUUCCUCCACCACACCCUCCAUCCCUCUAUAACACCAACAACACCAUCACCUCUCCUUCCUACCAGACUCCUCCAUCCCUCCCUCCCUCACUCCAUAACACCAACAACACCAUCACCUCCCCUUCCUACCAGACUCCCCCACCACUCCCUCCAUCCCUCCCUCCCUCACUCCAUAAUGCCAACAACACCAUCACCUCUACUUCCUACCAGACUCCUCCACCACUCCCUCCAUCCCUCCUCCAUCCCUCCAUAAUGCCAACAACACCAUCACCUCUCCUUCCUACCAGACUCCUCCACCACUCCCUCCAUCCCUCCAUAAUGCCAACAACACCAUCACCUCACCUUCCUUCCAGACUCCUCCAUCCAUAAUUCCAACAACACCAUCACCUCUCCUUCCUACCAGGCUCCUCUCCCUCACUCCAUAACGCCAACAACACCAUCACCUCUCCUUCCUACCAGACUCCUCCAUCCCUCCCUCCCUCACUCCAUAACACCAACAACACCAUCACCUCCCCUUCCUACCAGACUCCCCCACCACUCCCUCCAUCCCUCCCUCCCUCACUCCAUAAUGCCAACAACACCAUCACCUCUACUUCCUACCAGACUCCUCCACCACUCCCUCCAUCCCUCCUCCAUCCCUCCAUAAUGCCAACAACACCAUCACCUCUCCUUCCUACCAGACUCCUCCACCACUCCCUCCAUCCCUCCAUAAUGCCAACAACACCAUCACCUCACCUUCCUUCCAGACUCCUCCAUCCAUAAUUCCAACAACACCAUCACCUCUCCUUCUUACCAGACUCUUCCCUCCCUCUAUAAUGCCAACAACACUAUCACCUCUCCUUCCUACCAGGCUCCUCACUCCCUCCAUAAUGCCAACAACACCAUCACCUCACCUUCCUACCAGAGUCUUACCUCCCUCUAUAAUGCCAACAACACCAUCACCUCACCUUCCUUCCAGACUCCUCCAUCCAUAAUUCCAACAACACCAUCACCUCUCCUUCCUACCAGACUCUUCCCUCCCUCUAUAAUGCCAACAACACCAUCACCUCUCCUUCCUACCAGACUCUUCCCUCCCUCUAUAAUGCCAACAACACCAUCACCUCACCUUCCUUCCAGACUCCUCCAUCCAUAAUUCCAACAACACCAUCACCUCUCCUUCCUACCAGACUCUUCCCUCCCUCUAUAAUGCCAACAACACCAUCACCUCUCCUUCUUACCAGACUCUUCCCUCCCUCUAUAAUGCCAACAACACUAUCACCUCUCCUUCCUACCAGGCUCCUCACUCCCUCCAUAAUGCCAACAACACCAUCACCUCACCUUCCUACCAGAGUCUUCCCUCCCUCUAUAAUGCCAACAACACCAUCACCUCACCUUCCUUCCAGACUCCUCCAUCCAUAAUUCCAACAACACCAUCACCUCUCCUUCCUACCAGGCUCCUCACUCCCUCCAUAAUGCCAACAACACCAUCACCUCUCCUUCCUACCAGACUCCUCCCUCCCUCCAUAACCCCAACAACACCAUCACAUCUCCUUCCUACCAGACUGCUCCACCUCUGCAUCCAUCCAUCCCUCCCUCCAUAACCCCAACAACACCAUCACCUCUCCUUCCUACCAGACUCCUCCAACUCUGCUCUGCAUCCCUCCCUCCCUCACUCCAUAAUGCCAACAACACCAUCACCUCACCUUCCUUCCAGACUCCUCCAUCCAUAAUUCCAACAACACCAUCACCUCUCCUUCCUACCAGACUCCUCCCUCCCUCUAUAAUGCCAACAACACCAUCACCUCUCCUUCCUACCAGACUCCUCCCUCCCUUCAUAAUACCAACAACACCAUCACCUCUCCUUCCUACCAGGCUCCUCUCCCUCACUCCAUAAUGCCAACAACACCAUCACCUCUCCUUCCUACCAGAGUCUUCCCUCCCUCUAUAAUGCCAACAACACCAUCACCUCUCCUUCCUACCAGACUCCUCCCUC